UUUCCAACCGUUACUGCUGUUCAUAAUUAAUCACUUUAGAUUAGAUUAAUUAAUUACUUGAAUUUGGAUUAAUUAAUUCCUUAAUCCAUCAACAGAAGAACUAAGUCUUCCACUACUCUUACUAAUGCACCUUCUUUAACUAUCGUCCCGACUUUCUUUCUCUUAUCGCUAAAAACAUUGUUAGGGUUAAUUUUCCGGUGGAUCAAGGUCAAGAUCGCCGGCUAAAAAAUGAGUUUCCAGGACCUACAAAAUGGCAAGCGACCCUCCUCUUCUGCAAUGUCUAGAAGCCCAUCGCAAUCCGUUGCCGCCGGUAUUUUCCAGAUCAACACGGCUGUCGCUGGUUUCCGUCGUCUCGUUGACGGUAUAGGCACCGCUAAAGACACUCCCGAACACCGCCAGAAGCUGAAUAAUUCGAGACAGCGAAUUUUGCAGUUAGUUAAGGAUACUUCUGCUAAGCUUAAAGCUGUUAGUGAAUCUGAUCAUCAAGCUAAUGUUAAUGCAAAUAAGAAAAUAGAAGAUGCUAAGCUAGCUAGGGAUUUUCAAACUACAUUACAAGAAUUUCAGAAAGUUCAACAGCUUGCCUCUGAGCGCGAAACCACUUACUCGCCUUCUCCCGCUGCUGCUGUCGCUUCUGGCUCAGGUGAAUAUGAUGCACCGAGAACGGAUCAUGAUUCACAUCCCUUUCUUAUGGAACAGAAAAGGCAGGAGGUAUUGCUUCUUGAUAAUGAAAUUGUGUUUAAUGAGGCUAUAAUUGAUGAAAGGGAACAGGGUAUUAGAGAAAUCCAAGAGCAAAUUGGACAAGUAAAUGAUAUAUUUAAGGAUCUUGCUGUUCUUGUUCAUGACCAGGGGGUUGUUAUUGAUGAUAUCCAAUCUAACAUUGAGUCUUCCGCUGCUGCAACAUCCCAAGCAAAAGUUCAGCUAGCGAGGGCUUCAAAAAGUGUGAAAUCAAGAAACACAUGGUGUUGGUGGCUACUAGGAAUUUUUUUGUUGGUGGUAGUGAUCGUUGUUCUCAUCCUCAUUAUGUAGUUUGGUGAUCUUCCAAUGUAAUUUUUUUUUUCCGGCUUUCAUGAUCUUUAUCUCUCAUCAUUAUUUUGUUUUGUUUUUAAUUUAUUCAAUAUGAUUACAGUAUCUAGGGUGGUUGCGGGUUUUCUUGUUUGUUCGUUUUCUAUUUUUUGGCUUUUGGUUUUGUUUUAUGAGUAACACCAAGCCUCUGUAAAUUUAAAAAUGAUUGAUUGUAUUGAUCUCUAAAUGGAGAAAUUAAUUGGGAGAUUAUUGUUUUACAAUCUCUUAUACAA